AAUAAUAAUAAUAUACUGCCGAUUUGGUAUUAUUUAUUGGAAGUUUAUUGCUCCGUUCUAAUGAUAAUAACGAUAAUUAGGAAAGAAUGCGGGCAGACGCCUAAAUAUUCCUUACGAGUUGCUCUAGAAGAGCUUCAUUGUAGAGCAGCGAAAGUAGACGAGCGCAAGCAGGAAGUUAUCCGGCAUUGCCGCCCUCUACUUAUUUGGCUUUACCCGAAGCAGUCCUUCGCGCUGCUCUACACGUUGACGGCCAUUUCUUGUACGUUUCUUGGGAAAGUGGAGCAAGCAGAAAAGUAUGCUUGCUUGGGAAUAAACUUAUUAAAAGGGCGCUCUCAAAACAUAUCGCUACUGGAGUCUUUGAUCACGUGCUCGCUCACCAAAGCGACUUAUACAGAGGCUUUAAAACAUCUUCUCUCUCUCGUUUCUCUCGUGCCCCCGUCCACCAGCAACGUGCCUUCUAACGAAGCAUCUGUUGCUCAUAUUCUAAUUGGUCAGUACGCUUAUGCCUGCCUUGCUGUGCCGUAUGCUAUUGGCCACUUCAAAGUUGCGAAGCGAUAG